ACCCAAACAAGUUGGCGUGUACGCUUGGCUAAAACUUCCAGGUUUGGGCUGUUGUGUUGCUUCCGUGUGGAGUCGGUCCUCUUCAGGCGGCUCUGUGUUCACAGGUCGUCAGUAAUCAUGCUGGGAGGAGGCUUCAAAGCAGAGAGGCUGAGAGUCAACCUGCGCCUCGUCAUUAAUCGUCUCAAACUCCUUGAGAAAAAGAAAACUGAGCUUGCUCAAAAGGCAAGGAAGGAGAUCGCAGAUUACUUGUCAUCAGGAAAGGAUGAGCGGGCUCGGAUCCGCGUGGAGCACAUUAUCAGAGAAGACUAUAUGGUGGAAGCCAUGGAGAUCCUGGAGCUCUACUGUGAUCUGCUGCUGACUCGCUUUGGUCUCAUUCAGUCUAUGAAGGAACUGGACCCCGGCUUACAGGAGGCAGUGUCCACCCUCAUCUGGGCAGCACCUCGUCUCCAGGCGGAGGUGACUGAACUAAGAACUGUAUCUGAGCAGCUUUGUGCAAAAUAUAGCAAGGAGUACGGCAAGCUGUGCAGGACAAACCAGAUUGGCACAGUCAACGAUAGGCUGAUGCACAAACUGGGUGUGGAGGCCCCUCCUAAGAUCUUAGUGGAGCGCUACUUGAUCGAGAUCGCCAAGAACUAUAAUGUGCCAUAUGAACCUGAUGCCAUGGUCCGGCCCGAGGUGUCUCCUGGAGAGGAGGCAGACCUGAUUGACGUGGACACUGACAGGAAGCCUGGAAGAGGAGGAGGAGGUGGUGGUGGUGGAGGAGGUGGUGGUGGUAAUUUCACUGCACCUCCUGGUGGUAUGCCUAUGCCUAUGCCUAUGCAUAUGGCUAUGCCCAUGCCCAUGCAUAUGCCAACAGCUUUCAACUAUCCAUCUCCUCAAGGACCCGAACCGUAUAACAAUCCCGCAGGAACCUACAACAACUUCCAGCACCCCAUGGGAGGAGGGCAGCCCCCUCAGCUGCCCUCCUGCCCCCCCACGUACGAGUCUAUUGAUGAUCUAACUGACAAUUCAUCUGGUCCUUCCCAGGCCAUAGGUCCUGGCCCUUCAUCUCAGCUAUUCGACAACAACACUCUCCCAGAACUCCCCUCUGUUCCCGACACACUCCCCACAACCUCCUUCGGCAGAAACACCACCACCUCGGAUGACAUCGACUUUGACGACUUAACGCGGCGGUUUGAGGAGCUGAAGAAGAAGACCUAAUUGCUUUAUCCCUGGUCGACACGCACAUAUAUAUGUAUAUAUAUACACACACGUGCUGUCGUCGACGCAGCUCAAAACAGGAAAUGAUUUGGUAGUUCUCGUCCUUCCACAGAGAAGUAAUCUUACACAGAAAUUAAACAUUUAGUCUUACCUCAUUUAUAUAAAUAUGACUGUGGCAGAAAUCUGAUUUCUGUUGACGGUAGCGGUGAGUUUUAAUUUCUUCACUUCUCUUUAAGUUCACACAGACUUUUAACUUUUCCAGUUUGUCUAUUUAAUGUACUAUUUAACCAAACUUAGAUUGAAUUUGUUGCUUCUCCCUGGGGUUUUUUGGGAGAGGAGGGGAUGAAUAAAUAAUUGCAGGACAUGCCUUGAUUAUGCUUUCCAAAUGCUUCGCUUUGAUCGUUGUCACUUUGUCCUGAGUUCAGUCUCAAAGUAGUCAAACAAGCCAGACUGGCCGGCCCAGUUUGACUGGGAGCCGGCAUUCACACUAACAGAGGCUGGGAUAUGUUUCUAAGACGAGGCGCCAACAGCCUGCAAUUUAUUUAUUUUUUACAUAAAGGUAUGAAGAAAGAUUUAUGCCAUAUUUUCAGUGACUUGCUCAGGUGUGCAGUUGUGUUCCAGUGGGCAGGAUGUUUUUAAACACUCCUUACACUUCUAGAUUCAUCCAUACCAGGAAAUAAAAGUAUGAGCCCUCUUGGGAAAGUCCACGGUGAAACAUGUCUAACCUGUUAUAGGGGUGGUGGGACGCAGACGUGAUGAAACUGCAUGAAAAAAAACCACUGUAAAUACAUUUACAUUGAUAUAGAUGGACAUAGUGACACGAAUAAUCAAACUACAGGAAAAAGAAAUUCCCUUUUGAAUCUCGGUCUCACCAAAUACCUGCCCUGUCUUAACGUUAAUGUACUUCAUUUACAAGCUGAUGUGUGCAAAGAGAGCAGCCACACAAACUAAUUUGAUUGAUUUAGAUUAAUAUCUAAAUAUUGACCCCAGAGGUGAUUAGUUUGUGUUGACCUCUGAUCAUGUGUCUCGUACUUCCUGUGCACCACUGCAUUUGCCUUAGGUACCUUUUCUCAUCAGAGGCCUUGCCAAUCUGUCCUAGGAUUAUGCAUUAGGUUUUCAUCAAGCUAUGUUAUCUGUGGGUUUUAUUUGUUUAGAUUACACUCAGCUUGCUAUAUUUGCUUUGCCCAUAAACAAUUCUCUAAAAACCUGUUGAGGUGAAAUUUGUAGCUUUUAUGAAAUGCCUGUUCUGGCAAUAGAGGCGGAAUGUUUUGAUGGAUAAAUGGGAGUCGGAGGGUUUUGUUGUCGUACAGACGUGACGUGUCGCUGAAACCUAACCACACCCAGCUCUGCUUGCAUGGCAAAUGGACGGUGGCCUUGAAUACAAUGACUCAGCAAUCUCUGGAAAACAAAUAUAAAGGCUUUUCAGCGGUUGACGAAAUAGAGAUGAUUAACACUCCAGAACUGUGAUCUGCUAUCUUUUCUAUGAUGGACUGUUCUUUCAUGUUAAACAUUGACACAAUUGUGUCUUGUUGCAAAAAAAAGGAAGUUUUUUUUCACUGUAUACAAAAUAACAAUUUAAUAAGAGUAUUUGGAACUGGAA